CGGCGGCGGCGGCGGUUCGCUCCCCGCGGGGGGUGAGGGCGGUUCGCGCCGAGCUCGGGGCCGGUGGACGUAACACUUGGCACAGCUCUUCCAGAAAGUGAUCUUCAUACAUACACCUACACCCUGUGAAAAUACUGUCACUGUAGUGCCUGCCACUCACUGCAGUGUAGAGCAAGUGACUGGACACAGGCGUGCUGUUCAAUAAGAGCUCCUGAAUUUAUUCAUUCUUAUCCUUGUCUGCCAACCCAUCUUCACAGUGAACCUUCUUUUCAGGGAGAUGUCCUUUGCUUCGUAGAUGUAAUGCACUUUAAGUUUGUUACUCAACAGUGAAAAUGAGUCUUACAGAGGUUAAAUUAAAAAUACCUUUUGGAAAUAAAUUACUAGAUGCUGUGUGUUUGGUGCCCAACAAGAGCCUGACAUACGGAAUAAUUCUUACCCACGGAGCGUCGGGAGACAUGAACCUCCCUCAUUUGAUGUCACUGGCAUCCCAUCUUGCGUCUCACGGCUUCUUUUGCCUGAGAUUUACCUGUAAAGGCCUUAAUAUUGUACAUAGAAUUAAGGCAUACAAAUCAGUGUUGAAUUACCUAAAGACUUCAGCAGAAUACAAACUUGCAGGUGUUUUCCUUGGAGGUCGCUCCAUGGGCGCAAGAGCAGCUGCCUCUGUAAUGUGCCACGUGGAGCCAGAAGAGGCUGAUGGUUUCGUUCGCGGCCUCAUUUGCAUUUCCUACCCCCUGCACCGUCCGAAGCAGCAGCAGAAACUUCGAGACGAAGACCUCUUUCGCAUAAAAGAUCCCGUACUGUUUGUGUCCGGUUCGGCAGAUGAAAUGUGUGAAAAGAACUUGUUGGAGAAAGUGGCACAGAAAAUGCAAGCUCCUAAUAAAAUCCAUUGGAUUGAGAAGGCAAAUCAUUCCAUGGCAGUAAAAGGACGGUCAACAAAUGACGUUUUCAGAGAAAUCAACACACAGAUUUUGUUUUGGAUUCAGAAAAUCACUGAAAUGGACAAGAAAUAACUGUCUUUAGUUAGAAGCCAUGUUAUUUUGAAUACAAAUACAGUUCAUUUGAUUUUCAAAAAAGCGUACCUCUCAGCAUUAUGAGAUAUAUUUCAGACUAAUUUAAUGUUCUUUGAUGUUCCCCCUAUUUUUUCGAAACAUGUUUUGUGAAUGAAAGUCCUUUACAAGAUGUCUUUGGAGAGCACUGUUAUAUAAAGAUGAUGUACAAAUAGCGAAGGUGGUCUAAAUAUAAUUUAUUUUCAUUAAUAUAGUUACGUUUUGAGAAAAUAUUAAACAUUUGAAUUUGUUA